AUGGCUACCACCACGACAGUGACCAAGCGCGGAGGCGCCGUGGCCUCAAUCACGCUGCCCGAGGGUGAGAGUCGGUUUCCCGACAUCAACACCAUCCGGGCUGCCAUUCCCAAGCACUGCUUCGAGCCGUCCGUGGCCAUCUCCAUGGGCUACCUGGUGCGCGAUGUUGCCAUGAUUGGAGCUCUUGGCUGGGCUGCCAUCACGUACAUUCCCACCAUUCCCGAUUCCACCCUCCGGACCAUUGCCUGGAUCGUGUACGGCUUCGUCCAGGGCCUGGUCUGCACCGGUCUCUGGAUCCUGGGGCACGAGGCCGGACACGGCGCCUUCUCCAAGCACGGCUGGCUCAACCACGUCGUCGGCUUCUUCUCCCACUCUGCGCUGCUGGUGCCCUACUACUCUUGGAAGUUCUCCCACCACCGCCACCACAUGUUCACCGGCCACAUGGACAAGGACAUGGCCUUUGUUCCGAGGACCAAGGUCGACUAUCUCAAGCGCGCAAUGGCUUCGCUGGAGAUGCUCGAGGACACGCCCGCCUACCAGUUCAUCACCCUCAUGUCUCACCAGCUCUUUGCCUGGCAGGUGUACCUCAUGUUCAACAUCUCGUCCGGCAGAGGCAGCCUCCAGAAGAGCGCAAACACCAUGUUCGGCAAGAGCCACUUCUCGCCCAACAGCGCCGUGUUCCGCCGCAGCGAGGCUCCCUGGAUUGCGCUGUCCGACGUCGGCCUCUGCUUGACCUUUUUCGCCCUGUACAAGCUCGCUGGCGUCGUGGGAACGAGCACCGUGCUGCUGGCCUAUGCCCAGCCCUACUUUUGGGUUCACCACUGGCUGAUCGCCAUCACCUACCUCCACCACACCCACAUGGAGGUGCCUCACUAUGCGGCCGAGAAUUGGACCUUUGUCAAGGGAGCCCUGGCCACUGUCGACAGAGAGUUUGGCUUUGUUGGCCGCCACCUGUUUCACUGCAUCAUUGAGCACCACGUUGUUCACCACCUUUUCCCGCGCAUUCCCUUUUACUAUGCUGGAGAGGCCACCGAGGCUAUCAAGCCUGUGCUCGGCGAUCUGUACUACCGCGACGAGCGAUCCUUUAUUGGACAGCUGUGGACCAACUUCACCAAGUGCAAGUACGUGGUUGCCGACGACUCGGCGCCUGGCGCUCUCAAGUGGGCGCAAUGA